AUGGCCAACAAUGCCAACAACAGCAGCAACAACGAUGACAACAACAACCAUGACAGCAACGACAACAUGGCUGACAGCAACAACAACAACCGCAUCAACAUCGUCGAUAAUCAUAUUGAAGAUAAUCCACACUGUCAACUUAACGAGAUGUCACCGAAUCGCGAGGAAUCUGCAAAUGUAUCGAGUGAACUUUUAACAACACUUUUAACAGUAGAUUGGAGCAUAUCACUUGACUCGUAUGCAUUUUACAACAAGCUGGAACAAGAUGUGUUUAGUGGUGGGUCUAGGAGGGAGGUGCGGGAAUACCUGCCCCACACCGGACAUUGA